AUGCUCCACCGCACUCUACCGCACUCUAAUUGCUCUCCUCCUCUCCAUCAUCCCCGCUGCUCUCCAGACAGUUACGAGCGCCCGCUCUCCCGCCGCACCUGCCGCGCUCGCAGCCACAGCCCAAGAGGAUACAGUCACUCUGGUUACAGUCACAAUCACAAUCAGCAUCGCUGUGACCAACGUCUGCUGCUCGGAGUGCUCCUUCUCGCGUUCCUCUCCUUGCGGCAUGCCGUGGCUCGAGAGGAGGGUCAGCAGGGACAGGACGCUCAGGAGGAGGGCAAGGGGCGGCACGAGGCCCUGUUGGGUCGCGUGCAGCAGUUCGAACGAUCGCUCGCCGAUCAGCUCCACAUGGAGCGGCGGGACUUACUAAGACAAUCAGCAGCGCCGUUCAACCGCACCCUCCACACGGCCGCCCUGCCCUCCAUAAUGCUCGACUACUACGAGCUCCAACCCCACCUCGGCCCGCGCCUGCGGUGCCGCGGCCCGCCCUGCCCCAAGUUCGGCCACUGCGGAUCCGCCUUUCCCCACGUACAAGCCUGCUGGAACGAGCACCUGACAGAUCCGCGCCCGCUGUUCCCUGCGGACCCGCUCAAUUGCCCGCGGCUUCAACCCGUGGAGGACGUGGGGCGGCUGCGGCGGCCGUGGUACUUCAUUGACUCGCAGUGCUCGCACCGCGUGGACGUGAAUGCGCGGGAUGCUACAGCCAUGCAGGUGUUCAAGAUGAAGGAUGUGUACUCAGCGUUCGGCGGAUACGUGUUCAACUUGACGCAUCGCUUCAACCGCAACGGCUGCAAGCGCUUCCUCAAGGCGACACUCACCCCCAACAUGACGGUGUACCAUCUAAAGGAGGUGUUCAACUGGGACUACCGCCAGGCAGGGAACUUCUACCACUUCAUCAUCGAAGCCGUCCCGCUGCUCUAUGCCGCUGCUCGCCUGCUGCCCUCGCUGCUGCCCGACGUCCCCAUUGCCGCCAAGGGCGACCAAUGGGAGGUGUACGACCAGAUCGGGCUGCCCAUAGUGGGCGUGCCUCGUGAGGACAUGUGGACCAUCCGAGUGCGCGCAUGGGAGAUCGUAUAUGCUGACACCAUGUACCAGCCCAUGGCGCAGACGUGUGGCGGUCCCAACAAGGCCCUUUGGACGCACCUGCGCCGCCACCACCUGCUGCCGCCUGGCGGGCUGCCGCUCUUCCACCGCAACUGGACGCUGCGCUCCGUGCCGCCGCUCGCCGACCAGGACAUGGCGGCGCUGCCGCCCAACUGGGUGGUGGUGCUGGGCAAGCGGCCAAUGGCAAAGCGCGCGCUGGUGAACUGGGACGGGCUGCGCGACGCGGUGUAUGCGAGCUUUGAGAGCUACGGGAGUGAACGCAUUGUGGUGUUCCAAGGAGACCUGCGCAUCAUGGAAGCCCGGGCUCUCUUUCGCCGGGCGUGCCUGUUUGUGUCGGGCCACAGAGACGCCUUCGCCAAUGUCAUCUUCAUGCCCGCCAGCCCCCUUCUGCCCCAACCCAUUUCACUCAACACCCCAUGCACCCCUGAUGCGUGCUCUUCUCAAUGCGCUCCUCUCUCCAUGCUACCCCAAUUGUGCCCCACACUACUCUUUCCCAUACCAGCGCGGGCUCUCUUCCGCCGGGCGCGCCUGUUUGUGUCGGGCCACGGGGCCGCCUUCGCCAAUGUCAUCUUCAUGCCCGCCAACGCCUCCAUCUAUGAGAUCCGCCCGCGCAAGUGUUACAAUGCCUGUUACAACAACCUUGCACAUGCUUGCUCUGUGCGUUACCACCUCUCCUUCGGUGAUGGCACGUGCUAUUCGUCUUUAAAGGCGAACUUGACUCAUGUGAGGGAGACCCUUUCCACGAUAGCGCAGAGAUUUAGAGACGAGGAUUCUACUAUUGCUGAACAAUAA